AUGGGUUCGCCAGUUCAUAGACCCGACGGCCUUGCCAUGCUGAUGAGUCCCAAAAAGGGCGAAACAGCUGCCCAGGUGAUGUCAGUGUUGAUAAUUGGAGAAGUUAUUCAAGCUGUUUCACUGCAGGUUAGUUCAAUUAUUCGAAGUAAAGUUGCAAAAAGAUAAAAUCACUGUAUGUCUUCAGAGCAUCGUUAUUCAAAUUGAUACAACAGAUAUAUUUUACUUUAGAAAAAGUUGAUUGCAAACCGCCUCAAGUUUCUUUAAUUUUGCCCAUUCGUUCCUUCCUUUAUAUUUGGUCUAUUUGCUAUGUUGGCUUCAAAACUUAUUAAUAAUUCAUAGAGAAAAAACCGAAAGAAAUUAAUGUUUAUUUAGUCUCUUUAUAUCUGAUAAAGACACGGCUAAACUUGACCAAAAUAGCCCCAAAUCUAAAUAUUAGUGCAAGAAUGAGUUGAUAUCAGAGAUUUUGAAGCCGUUCAAAAAACUCCCAGUCGUGUAGGUCCGUGUAUUAUCGGGCCAGCCUCCAGUUUUUGUGUUUUUAAACCUGAUAAUACACUCCUGCUAGUUUUAUUAAACAGUACUUAACGUUCCUUCAUCAUUUCCGGAACCAGUUGCUGCCUAGCUAAUGGCUGAAUUUGGGCAAAUUUUGUUAACUAGGCCCCAUCAUAAGCCAUUUCCGCCCUUGCAACCGUCGUGUAAGUGCUAGUUGUCACCGUAGCGAAUUAGAGUGAAACCUCGAUAUAACGAACCUUUAUGUAACGAAGUCCUCGGUAUUGGCCAUUUCGGAGUUGCGUAAGGAACUGGGGCGGGUUUCAAAUUUAUACUAAUCGAUGAACUGACACCACCAUAUAAAAGGUCAUGUUGAGAUUGGUUAUUUGACCAAGUUUGCUGCUCUAAGGUUGAACAGGGAUCAAGUUAUGACUCUUGAAACAUGGUUAAAAACAAUACAAACGUCUGUAAUUUUGUUACAGCGUCACCCAAAACCAUAUAAACUCUUCAUUUUUUUUCACGAUUUCUGUGACAUUCCCGAAAAUGGGCAAACAUAGUAAUUUUCGAAUUAGUUUCUGCCAAGUAGUAGAUGCUUGACGAAUUUUACAGUUUGACAGAAAAGCUGAAAAAUAUUUUAAAGAUCGAGUUUACAUGGUUUUUGGGGACGCUAUCACAAAAUUAUAGAGACGUUUGUAUGAAUCUUUAACCAUGCUUCAAGGGUCAUAACUUGAUCCCUGUCCAACCUUAGAGCACCAAACUUGAUCAAAUAAGCUUUUUUAUUAUUCAUUCAAAAUAUUUUCCCGAUUCUGAUUGGCUAAAAGCACCCGUUCCAUUCACCAUAUCCAGUUACUGAUGACCAAAUUUGGAAGAAUUUUGUGUUAAACGACGAAAUGACGUCAAAAAUGCAGCGUUUUCGCAGGUUAAGGCACCGUUAACCGAGAAGACCUGGGGACGAGGUUGAGUUGUUUUGCUUGUGAACUUGAAAAAUGGCGGACAUUUCACUCGUUUCAAGAGUAAGAACUAGGCGAAAAAAUAGCUAAAAACAUGGCAAGAACAGCAAGAAGACAACUCGAAGGGCGACAUCUGCUAUUUGGAGAAUAUUUGCCGAGCUGCACAAACCUAAACGUGCACUAUCGAAGAUGAACUUAACAUCGAUGGAUCGAUGGAGGUGAGCAUGUUUUAGCCAUGUUUUUAAACUAAGAAUUAUUUUGAAUGAAUAAUAAAACAAUUGUUGAAUUCGGCUUUCAUAUCAUAUGAAGAAUUAUGGAGAUCUCCUCGAUCUCCAUAAUUCUUCACAAGAUACUCAGCCACAUGCAUUCAUUAAUUGUUAAAUAUGGUGGUGUCAGUUUAUCGAUUAAUUCAUAUUUGAAACUCUCCCCAGUUCCCUACGCAACUCCACAACGGCUAAUAACGAACGAUUUUCUUUACCCCAGUGAUAGUAAGAUAUAUGACAGAGUACCUCGAUAUAACGAAACCUCUUUAUAGCGAACAGAUUUUUCCAGUCGUUCCUUGAGCCUUCGUUAUAUCGAGGUGCCGCUGUAGUUGGUAAGCGCAACAGUGUCCACAGGCACUGGACGAAAGCCAAACGUGCCUUGAUGUCCGGCACAAAUGGCUCGAUUUGAUGGCCAAACAAUGAAGGUUUUUUCCAGCAGAUCUCCCAGAGAGUAGCUUGGGCUGGAGCUGAAAAAAAUUGCUGCGGAUUUGAACUUCUGCAAAAAACUGGCAUUUUUAUGGCGACUUGCAAAGGCGGCGCUACAGGUGGGGCAAGUGGGGCAUUAACUCCACAAAUUUUCAACUUUGGGACAACUCAAAUUUGUGCAGGCUGAGAUGUACUUUAGUCUGGCAAGCUAAGAAUCCUUGGACCAGAUGAUCAUACACUGCAUGAGGCGAUCGCUGCUGCCACAGCUACAAACUCUCAGAGCGCAGCUUGGUACUGAGACAGACCUUGGAUUGACACAAAUGUCCAGCUGGCCACAAGAUCCCUACUUUGCUUUUUCAUCCUUAAUUAUAUACGUCUCAUGAGUGUGGAAGUGUGAAAGUACAUUAAUCUUCUUUCUCGUCCCAAGUUCUACACUUCUCAGAGGUGUGGAAGUGUGGAAAAGUCUGACAAAGGUAGGAUAUUGUCACAUUUUCCCCCCAGUCACGAACCCUUGUCAUUCUCUACCUAGUAAUACACUUCUCAGAGGUGUAGAAGUGUGGAAAAGCCCAACAAAGUCAGGAUAUUGUCACACUUUUCCCCAAGUAACCAACCCCUUGUCAUUCUUUAGUUAGUUGUACCCUUCUCAGAGGUUUCGAAGUGUGGAAAAGUCCAACAAAGUCAGGAUAAUGGUGCACUUUUCUCCCAGUCACAAACGCCUUUUUACUUUUACUUAGUUCUACACUUCUCAGAGGUGUGCAAGUGUGCAGUAGUCUGACAAACCGAGUUUAAUGUUGCACUUUCCCUGGAUGAGUCACUUUUCCACACUUCCACACCCCUGAGAAGAGUAGAACUAAGUAA